ACCUUGUCAUAAGCGGAAACUAUAAAUCUUGGUAUGCCCUUAACCGAAAUCAAAGCGUAUUGUUACAGUCUUGAGUCUUCCACCAGAACAGACAACUCAACUCUCCUUUCUCCGCCACAACCACCGCCGCCAAUCACCGCUAUAGCUAUCAUCGCCACCGCAACUGCCAUCGUCAUUAUCACACAAUCAUCUCAAUAUCCAAUAUCUUCAAAUGUCGUCAAAUUCCAAUUACAUAAACUAAAAUGGGUCGAAAAUCUAUCGUUAAACAAACCGUCGCUACGGUCCUUUUAAUCAUAGUCUUUUACGCCUUCUUCAACACAUCUAUCUAUCCUUAUACAUACAACAAUGUACAUUUCCACACACAUGAAAAUAGUAUCGGUAAAAUCCCCCAAAAAUCAGUGAAAGUUUACAUGUACGAUCUGCCCCGAAAGUUCACCUAUGGUGUGAUAAAAAACUACUUAAUCGUACGAGGCCAAUUGGAAAACGAAGACGAGGCUAGCCUCAAGUACCCUGGAAAUCAGCACGCGGCUGAAUGGUAUCUGUUUUCCGAUUUGAAUAAUCCGAAACGAUCUGGUGCGUAUGUUACUAGGGUUUUAGAUCCAGAUUCAGCCGACUUGUUCUAUGUGCCGUUUUUUUCUUCAUUAAGCUUAGUCGCAAAUCCUGUUCGUGAUGGCCCUGUGGUAGUUGAGCAUUAUAAUGAUGUUGAAAUGCAAGAGGAUUUGAUGGAAUGGUUGGGGAAGCAACCGUAUUGGAAGAGGAACCAUGGGAGGGACCAUGUAUUCAUAUGCCAGGAUCCAAAUGCUUUGCACAAUAUUGUUAAUCGUGUGAAAGAUGCGAUGUUGCUUGUUUCAGAUUUUGGGAGGUUGGGUCAUAAUCAGGCAUCAUUUGUAAAGGAUGUGAUUUUGCCUUAUUCACAUCGGAUUACUACCUAUAAAGGAGAUAUUGGAGUGGAAAAUCGGAAAUAUUUGAUGUUCUUCAUGGGAAAUCGAUACCGAAAAGAGGGAGGAAAAAUUCGUGACUUCCUGUUUAAAAUACUAGAAAAUGAAGAAGAUGUUGUGAUAAAACAUGGAACUCAAUCAAGGGAAAGUAGGCGAAUGGCUACACAAGGAAUGCAUAGUUCAAAGUUCUGUUUACAUCCAGCUGGCGACACACCAUCUGCAUGUAGAUUGUUUGAUGCUAUUGUGAGCUUAUGUAUUCCAGUAAUCAUCAGUGAUUAUAUUGAAUUACCCUUUGAAGAUGUCAUAGACUAUAGGAAAAUUGCUGUUUUUGUAGACACAGAUUCAGCUGUUACACCAGGAUACUUGGUUAAAUUGCUUAGAGGAGUGAAGACAGGGACAAUAUUGGAAUUUCAACAAGAGUUGACCAAGGUAAGGCACUAUUUUGAGUAUGAUGAUCCGAAGGGGAGUGUGAAUGAGAUAUGGCGACAAGUUUCAUUAAAAGUUCCGCUUAUAAAACUUAUGAUAAACCGUGACAAAAGAUUAGUCAAGAGAGAACUCACUGAGCCAGAUUGUUCUUGCCUUUGCACUAACCAAACAGGGAUCCAUGAAUCCUUUCAUGAUGCUGCUUCUUAAUUUCUAUUUAUUCAUUCAGUUUUUAGCAUAUAAUAGGUUAGUACUUUUGCGAUUAAUAAGAUUUUUUUAGUGUUAAAGUAAGAAAUCGAGAUUUAUUAUGUAGUUAUACUGUUAUAGUAUGAAAAAACACGAAACUAAAAUUGGACU